AUGGCUGCAUCAGCGGAUGCUGACAUCAGAAGAGAACAGGCAAAGACGAUACAAAAUGGUGACAGGGCCUUCUCGCCAAGACAGGACGGUAGCCAGCAUUGA